AUGAGUGAGUCAAACGAUACCGAACCGAACCCAGCAGAAAAACGUCCCCACGAAGAUGAAAACGACUCCGAAUCAGAUUUGGUGGGACCCUCCUUAUCCGAAGCAGCCGAGCCUAAAAAACGUAAAGUCUUACCUUUCGAACGUCUCUAUUUGGACAACUUACCCAGCGCAGAGUCCUACGAAAAAAGCUACAUGCACAGAGAUAUUGUAACCCACACUGUCGUGACCCCUACAGAUUUUGUAGUCACAGCAAGCUGCGAUGGUCACAUAAAGUUUUGGAAAAAGCAAGAUACUGGUAUAGAGUUUGUGAAACAUUUCAGAAGCCAUUUGGGGCCCAUUACUAAAAUAGCCACCAACAUUGCAGGUAGUUUACUUUGUUCAGCAAGCUUGGAUAAAUCAUUGAAAAUUUUUGAUGUUGUUAACUUUGAUAUGAUCAAUAUGAUGAAACUGGAUUAUACACCAAACUCAGUGGAGUGGAUUCAUGGGAGUGGAGACGCCAUACAUACUUUAGCGGUAACUGAUCAAGACAGCAAUAAAAUUUAUGUUUACGAUGGCAGAGGCACUAGUGCACCAUUAAAUGUUUUAGAAAAAAUCCACUUCAAACCUGUAACCUUGAUAAGUUAUAAUCCUAAAUAUGAUGUAUCAGUGUCUGUGGAUAAAUCAGGCAUUCUAGAAUAUUGGUCAGGAAUCAAGCAGGACUUUUUAUUCCCCAAAAAUGUUCAAUUCGAUUCAAAACUGGACACUGAUUUGUUUGAAUUUGCCAAAAAUAAAACUCACCCAACUUCAUUGGCAUUUUCAAGUGAUGGUAAAAAGUUUGCAACAAUUUCUACUGAUAGACGGGUGAGGGUGUUUAGUUUUUUAACUGGAAAACUUACACGGGUUUAUGAUGAAACUCUACCCAGAUUCACAGAGCUCCAACAAAAAACCCAACAGCUACCAAAUAUGGAAUUUGGUAGAAGAAUGGCUGUUGAGAGGGAUUUGGAAAGAUCUGAAUCUUUUCAUUUAGCCAAUGUUUGUUUCGAUCAAAGUGGAAACUUUAUCAUGUAUGCCACCCUUUUAGGUAUAAAACUGAUAAAUUUAUACACAAAUAAACUUGUGAGGAUUAUUGGCAAAAACGAAAAUUUAAGAAUGCUGAAUAUUGCCUUAUAUCAAGGCUCUGGCAAGAGAUCCAAGGCCGCUGUCACAUUGGAAAUGGAAGCAUCAAAUAAUCCAACUUUAGACUCAAUACAACCGGAUCCAACUUUAGUUUGUACUGCCUAUAAAAAGCCCCGAUUUUAUUUAUUCAACCAAAGAGAACCUGAUGAAUUACAAACCAGCCAAGAUAGGGACAUUUUCAAUGAAAAACCCUCCAAAGAAGACAUGAUGUCAUCUACAGAAACACCCACCAUACAAAGACUAUACGAAAACGCAAUAAUUCAUACAGUUUUUGGAGACGUCCAUAUAAAAUUGUUCAUGAAAGAUUGUCCCAAAACUGUAGAAAACUUCUGUGUCCACAGUAAAAACGGAUAUUUCAAUGGACACAUUUUCCACAGAGUCAUCAAAGGCUUCAUGAUCCAGACAGGAGAUCCUACAGGAAACGGCACUGGAGGUGAAAGUAUAUGGGGUGGAGAAUUUGAAGAUGAAAUUAGGCCUCAUUUAAGACAUGACAGGCCUUACACAGUUUCAAUGGCUAAUGCUGGCCCCAAUAGUAAUGGAAGUCAGUUUUUCAUUACUUUAACCCCUACACCUUGGCUGGAUAAUAAGCAUACUAUAUUUGGAAGGGUAACAAAGGGAAUGGAAGUUAUUCAAAAUAUUAGUAAUGUCAAAACCAAUCAGAAGACUGAUAAACCAUAUGAUGAAAUUAGGAUAAUUUCUAUAUCUGUAAAAUGA